UAUAGUAACCUUCAUAUAGAUAGGUCUUUAAAAUAUUUCACAAUGUUUUUAAAAAUAACUAUUGUUUUAUUAGUAACUACUUUUGUAAAUACUAGUAAAAUUACUUUUAACGGUCAUAGAGUGUACAAAGUAAUUCCAAAUAAUGAAAACGAGAGAGAAAUUGUGAAGAGUAUACAAACGCAAGGAAUUGGUGAAUUUUGGUUGGAUCAGUUCGAUGUAAGUGAUGGAGUUCGGAUAACAGUAGCACCGGAAAAAUAUCAGCAGUUUGAAGAUACUAUGAAGAGAAACGAUAUUAAGUAUAAAGAAAUUAUAGCUGAUUUACAGCGGGUUAUAGAUGAUCAACUGAAACCAGCAAGUCGUUCAGAUAGAAGCACCAGUUUUCUAUCAUUCAAUUGGGAUAGAUACCAUACACUCGAAGAAAUAUACAACUGGCUUGAUCAACUACAAGUUAGUUAUCCCAAUAUUGUGACAACCGUAGUGAUGGGACGAUCUGUUGAAAACCGAGAAAUUAAAGGAGUCAAGAUCAAUUAUAACUCGAAUAGAAAUAAUUCAUUAAUCGGUAUGAUAGAAGGUACACUUCAUGCGAGAGAGUGGAUAGUACCAGCUACUGCGACAUGGAUUAUAAAAGAAUUUUUAACUAGUACCGAUCCUGAAAUGCGAGCGUUAGCUGAAAAUAUUGAAUGGCAUAUUUUCCCAGUUGUCAAUCCUGAUGGAUAUGUUUAUACUUUUACAACGCAUAGAAUGUGGAGAAAGAAUCGCAGUACACGAAACUUCACCUCGUGCGCUUCAACCGGUGUGGAUGACGAUAUGAGUAAUGGAGUCGAUCUCAAUAGAAACUUUGAUUUCGCAUGGAUGGAAAUCGGAGCGUCUGACAACCCUUGCACCAAUACAUUUGCUGGACCAUCUCCGUUCUCAGAACCAGAGGCUAGGGCUGUCGCUGAUUAUGUAAUGACGCUAAACAAUCAAGGAAGACUUAUUUAUUACUUCGGUCUUCAUUCAUUUACUCAAUUGAUUGUAGUCCCGUACAGUCACAUUACUGCUGAAGAAUCUGCUAACUUAACAAAUUAUGCAGAUAUGUACGAAAUUGCAGUGAGAGGUGCUGAAAAAUUAAAGGAAAGAUUUGGAACAGUAUACAGAGUUGGAGUUUCCGCUGACAUCAUGUAUCCAAUGAGUGGUACAAGCUUUGAUUGGGUAAAGAACGUAACAGAUGUUCCAGUUUCAUUUCUCAUCGAGUUGAGGGACCUCGGCGAGUAUGGAUUUCUUCUACCAGCAAGUCAAAUUAUCCCUAAUAAUCUAGAAAUUAUGGACGCUCUAUUAGAAAUUGAUAGAACGACUAGGAGAUUGGGUUAUUAUUAUUCAGGGACUAAUACCCUGAUUUCUUCACUAUCUUUAAUUGUAUUAUCAUUUUUUGUUAAAUUAUUUGUAAAUUAAAAAUUAACUAAGA